UCUUGUUUUCCCUAUACUUCACCUGCUCACUCUUACUCCAUCAUCCUCAUUUUCUAAAUCUUGAAAAACCAUGGGCUCAGUUUCUUUAAAAAUUGGUGAUGGCACUGCAAGGUUCAAAAAAGCCACUUUUUGUUCAUCAGCUGUACAUAUUCUUAUGUUAUUUUCAGUCAUAACAACAAAUCUAUUUGCUUUAUAUGCAUUUACAUACUCCCCAAAACAUCAUCAUCAUCAGAUUCACUUUCUCACACACCAUCACACACACAAAAACAUAUCUUUAAUAUCUGAACAAGUUUCUUUAAUCUUGAGAGAGAUUGAUUCUUCACAAAAGAAACUUGCCCAGAUGGAAAAACAGCUUCUUGGUUAUGAAAGUUUGGAUCUUGGCACACCCCAUAUAGCAAAUGAGCUUAAAUUGUUUCUUGAAAAAAAUCAGCUUCCUUUAGGUAAAGAUUCUAGAACUGGGAUCACUGAAAUGGUUUCAUCAGUUGGGCAUUCUUGUCAUAAGUCUAUAGAUGUUUUGUAUACAUAUAUGAAUUAUAAACCAAAUGGGGUUUGUCCUGAUGAUUGGAGUGUUGGUCAAAAGUUGGUUUUGAAUGGGUGUGAGCCUUUGCCUAGAAGAAGAUGUUUAAGUAAAAUAGUGCCUAAAGUUGGUCUUUAUGAUUUCCCUAAUUCACUUUGGAAAAAUGUGAGUGAAAAGAUUUAUAGUUGGAGUGGUAUUGGAUGUAAGAAUUUGAAGUGUUUAAAUAGUAAAAAGUUAAAUAGAGAUUGUGCUGGUUGUUUUGAUUUAAGUAAAAAUGGUAAUGAGAUGGCAAGAUUUGUUAAGUCAAAAGGUAAAAAUGAUUUCUUGCUUGAUGAUGUUUUGAGUUUAGGAAGUGGUGGGAUUAGGAUUGGUUUCGAUAUUGGUGGUGGAUCGGGUACUUUUGGUGCGAGAAUGGCCGAAAAAAAUGUGACUAUAGUUACUGCUAGUUUGAAUGUAGAUGCCCCGUUUAAUGAGUUUAUAGCUGCUAGAGGUUUGUUUCCUUUGUAUUUAAGUUUAGAUCAUAGGUUUCCAUUUUAUGAUAAUGUUUUCGAUAUAAUUCAUGUUGGGAAUGGGCUAGAUAUUGGUGGGAGAGGUGAAAAGCUUGAAUUUUUAAUGUUUGAUAUUGAUCGGGUCAUUCGGGCUGGUGGGUUGUUUUGGUUGGAUAAUUUUCUUUGUUCGAAUGAUGAGAAGAGAAAGAAUUUGACUCGUUUGAUAGAACGAUUUGGGUACAAGAAAUUGAAAUGGGUUGUUGGUGAGAAGAUUAAUGGUUCAGGCAACUCUGAGGUUUACUUGUCUGCUGUUCUUCAGAAGCCGGUGAGAGCUUGAAGGUUGUUUCAACUACGGGGUAAGAGUUUAGUGUUGGUAGUGGUUUUAAGAUAUUAUAUAUUGUUAAAUUUUGAUUAUAUUUGAUGGUUACAUAAAUUAAAUUCCUUUUAGAAUGCGAAAUAAGUGAAAUGAAGAAUGCUUGUUCGUACACUUGAUAGGAUGAAACUUGGUUCAGAUAUUCGCUUUGUAUUCUAGAAUUCUCUGUCAAUUACCCAAGUUUAAUAGCAAGUUAGAUUCAUGAACUUCUGUAUAUCUUAUUGUUGAUUUAAAAGUUUUUGUCUUUGAAA